CUAAGAUUCGUAUUUCUGUCUUUCUGUCACGUAAAGGAAGAAAGCAUAACGGAAAGCGCAGCUCGUGCCUGGCUUGCCUCCCCGACAUUCCCGGAUGUUGGUCACGUGCGCGGUACAUUCGCUGCUUUUUCCCGCUCGUGAAAAGAUUGGCACAUCAUACCGACAUGGCACACGACUGCAGCCGAUCGCCGACAUGACCGAGGAAAAUGGAAUUUGCAGGUAUAUAAGCUCUGCCCGGAGAAACAGCUGACAGUCCUGGAGUAACGGCGCCAUGGCAACACAAGAGAUGCUGUUCGUGACGUGGAUGAUCUCAGCAACGCUUCUCCAGGUGACUUCCGGGCAGUCCGGUUUCAGCCGAGCCCGGGAAAUCCCUGCUCCCGUACCGCAGGCUGAGCGCAACCAGCCCCUCAUCCCGGCCUACAUCCAAAACGCCGAUUACAGCGACCAGGGUCAGUAUCUCGCCGGUGCGUACCAAAGCCAGGGGAAGUAUGCCCCCGGUUAUGACCCUGCCCAGUACGUCCGACCCAUCCCAACCCAAGGCAGACCCAGCCGUCCUAAGCAAAGCGAAUAUAAAAUCCCCGCCAAGCCAGCCACUCCGGUGUACAGGCCGGAAUCUGGCGAACAGAAACGCAACCCGUCUCACCGCCCCGCCGAGGCCUCCAGCUCCCCUCCGUCGGGCUACACAAACGUGGCCAACAUCGUCUUCGCUGGCCUGCCCGAGGGGGCCUUCGACGGCGCCGACCACGAGUACGCGACGUAUCACGGCCACCCCGAGGCACAAGGGUUUGGCUACGCAGUCGACGACAACGACAACGGCAACAAAUUCACCCACAACGGCUAUUCCGAAGGUGACACGACCAAAGGCGAGUACCGCGUCCUGCUACCCGACGGCCGCACGCAAAUCGUCACCUACUCGUCAGACCCGGAGAGAGGCUACAUGGCUCGAGUCACCUACGAAGGGACGGCGCGACCCUACACGCCCCCGCAGGCCGAGAAGUAUGACUCCUUCCGCAACGAGCCUUGACUGGGACGCAGCGCCGGUCAGGGCUGCUUCUCUUCGAUUCUUCGCUGGUCUUUAGCCUCUUGUUAAUGUUGUGUAUGUGCACACAAACAAACGCAUACAUAUACACACGCACAUAUGUAUUUGCACAUUUAUACAUUUAUAUAUGAGUAUGUGUGUGUGUGUGUGUGUGUGUGUGUGUGUGUGUGUGU